UUCUCUCCCGGAAAAUUGGCUUAAUUUCUCAACUUUCUCAUUUUGUUGUAUAAGUAUACAUCCAUUCAUUCAUCCUAACACCACUGAACUAUAGACAAAAAAUAAGUGUCAUAUUUUUUAGAGAGAGAAACAGUUUCUUUACACGCCAUUGUUAAUCUAAUCAUUUCUCUCUCCUCAUCCUUCUUGUCUUCUUCUUCUUCUUCUUCUUCUUAAUGGUUCCUUCUUGACUUAAAUCAUCAAAUCAAAAUCAAUUCCUUUUUUCUCUUUCAAAUUUGCUCUGUUUUCAUAUAAUGGAAUUGAGUUCUUUACCAUUUGAUAGGUUUUCCCUCUCCUCUUUUUCUUACUCUAUGUUUAUUGUUACUGAUUCUUUCUCUAAAUUUUCUGAUUCUUCUUAUACCAAAACUAUUACUUUCUUCGAUUCUCUAUCAAAUUUCGCCUUCAUUUACAUAAUUUCCGCCAUUAGUGCAUGAUUUUUCUCUCUAUUUUGUUUUCUUUAAACAAAUUGAUGACUGAUUUGAAGCGAUUUGUGUUCAAUUCCUGGCUGUAAAUCGGAGAUUUUUUGUGCGAGUAGUAGUAAAAAAAAGGGUAAAACAAUGAUGUGUACUACUUCUUUGCCGUUAUUUACUCUACCUAAAGUGAGCAGUGAAAUUAAUAGUAUUGCUGUUACUACUGCUGCUUCUAUGGCUGCAAUUUCUUCAACGAAUUGUUCCAGUGAUUUAAUAUCUAGGUGCUCCAAUGACAAGGCUGGCUAUCUUUCGAAUGUAAAUGGGAUGAAGAUGCCACUCUUGAAAUCACUGCUGGUGGCGACGACCAGGCACCAAAGUAAGAGGAGGUUUAGCACCAGCUAUCCUAUUUCCGUAGCAGCUGCUUCUGCUUCUCCACUUUUCUGUGGUCAAGUGACAAAGGAUUCUUAUGGCCCUAAAUUUUAUCAGGAUGUUCUCAAGGCUGCAAGGGAGAAGUUUACUGAGGAGAUCUCUUUUCAAUCUAAGGACAAAGAUAUCUCCCUUGCCAAGACUCUUCUAUAUGUUGCUGCUGAAGAUGAAGCAUUUAUGGCUUUUAACAGAGAGAUGGAUGCUCGUUCUGUUCUGAAUGAAAGGAAAGAUGUUCCAACAGCAGCGGAUAGUCACAAUGUAGGUUCUUUGGAGCUUUUAACUCUUGCUGGAAAGACUAUAACAGAGUGGCUUAAUGAGUUGGAUGCUAUUGUUAGAGAAGUUGAGGCCGAGUUAGUACCUAGAGAUAUAGGCUGCCAUUUGGUUGAAGUUAUUGAGGCAGUGAAUGUAGUUCUAUUUGAAUCGAGAUGCUUCAAGAGGGUGUCAAUAGCUGUGGAGCCUAAGGGUUGUUACUUGCAUGGGGUUUUGAGUUCUGGAUAUGGGAGUGCUAUAUUGCUGAGCAUUAUAUACAUAGAAGUUUGUCAGAGACUUGGUUUAACCAUGUUGGGAUCUCGAGUAGGUGAGGACUUUCUAAUAUGGCCUCGAACAGAAAACCCAGAGGAGCUCUUCAAGGUGACUUCAGGGCAUAGUUUGUUCGCUGUAGUUAAUGGGAGGUGUGUGGAGGAUCCAAGGUCGAUGGCCUCCGACCUGAAUGGUGACUCACUUUCAAGUCUCGAUAUUGUCUCUAACCGUGAUAUUAUUGGGAUAGCUUUGGCAAAUCUGAUUAGACUGCAUUGGAAACGUGCUUCAAGGUCAAAUCAUGGGUUAAUGUUGACUUCAGCAUUGAGACUUGUUCACGAUGCUGACAAGAAGCAUGAGAAGAUGAAUGGAUCAAAUCAACCUUUAUUGCGUCCUAAAGAUUUGAGGUUAGCAAUUAUGGCUUCGGAGAGAUUGUUGAUCCUACAACCUCAUAAUUGGUCCUUGAGGAGAGACAAUGGCAUGAUGUUGUACUACAAUAGACAAUAUGGAGAAGCAGUCCAAGAGUUGAGCAUAUGUAUGGCCUUUGCACCAGAGGAAGAGGCAGCUCUCUUGGAACCGUUUGUUGAGAAACUGCACCUUAUGCGAUUAGAAUCCACUUGGAAAUCUUUCGGUCAUGCUGGCCAAUUGACAGCCCUUUGAUUUGUACAUAGUUAGAAUCACUAUCCAGUCUCCUGGUCUGUUUAAUUUUAAGCCAAUAGUUCGAGUGUAUGAUCAUUUGUUCAAACUAUAUGACCGCUUAAGAUGUUUAAUCAAAUAGAAGCUAAUGUAGUUGAGGAUUGUGAA